UUUUUUGCUGUCAUUUGGAUUUUGCAUUUUCGCCGCCAUUCACGUCAUGUUCAAGACAUUUUCAAGUGAGCUGAAAGAAUUUUAAGUCCAGAUUCCACAUGAACAGUGUUUAAAACUGUCAAGUUUUAUUAAAUAAAUAUCCAAGCUUUUAACUGAAAAUAAUGGACGACUGGGAUGAUUCUCCUGAUGUGGCUGUACCACAGAACAAUUACAACUCGUACAACAAUGAAGUCGAUGAAGGCCACAGUCUUUCCAUGGGCAGAGGUUUCACAUCCUUCAUAGAAGAAAAUAAUGACUACAACAACAAGCCGGGCGGGGAUUACGGCGAGCGGCGGGGGCGGGGCGGCGGGCGCGGCGGUUUCCGCGGCCGGGGCGGACGCGGGGGGAGGGGCGGUGGCGGCCGAGAUAGGGGGGACUACGAGAACGGGGGAGGUGAUAACAACUACGGUGGCGACGACGACAACAAUGACCGGUCCGAGAGGGGCGAACGCGGGAGGGGGCGGGGCCGAGGGCGGGGUGGCCGGGGCGGAGGCCGAGACAGAGGCGACAGGGACGAGGACGCCAAUGGCGACGCGAUGGACGAAAACGGUGAAGUCAAGAAGCCCCCGGUCACGUACGUGCCUCCGGAGCCAACGGAGAAUGAGACUGAGAUAUUCGGUAGCACCAUCAGUUCCGGCAUCAACUUUGACAAGUUUGAUCAUAUCGCUGUCAAGGUCAGUGGUGAGAAUCCGCCGCGCGCGAUAGACAGCUUCGAAUCUGCCAACCUGCGCAAGUUCGUGCUGGACAACAUACUGAAGUCGGGCUACGCGAAGCCAACCCCGAUUCAGAAACACGCAAUACCCAUCGUCAUGGGCGGCAGAGAUCUGAUGGGAUGUGCGCAGACUGGCUCCGGAAAGACCGCUGCGUUUUUGCUACCGAUUAUAAAUACUCUUUUACAAGAUCCUCGUGAGCUGGUUGUGGCAGGCAAUGGUUGCGCACAACCACAGGUUAUAAUAGUAUCGCCCACCCGAGAAUUGACACUGCAGAUAUUUAACGAAGCUAGAAAGUUUUCGUACGGCUCCGUAUUGAAGAUAGCUGUUGCGUACGGGGGUACGGCUGUCAGACAUCAAGGCGACAUUAUAUCUAAAGGAUGUCACAUACUAGUAGCGACGCCCGGUCGUCUCCACGAUUUUGUGGAACGCAGCCGUAUAUCUUUCGACAGCGUGCGGUUUGUCGUUCUCGACGAGGCCGACAGAAUGUUGGACAUGGGCUUCAUGUCUAGUGUUGAGAAGAUGAUGGAUCAUCCCACUAUGGUGCCGAGUGGUGACCGUCAAACUCUCAUGUUCUCGGCCACAUUCCCCGAAGACAUUCAACACCUGGCCGGGCGUUUCCUCAACAACUACCUGUUCGUCGCGGUGGGCGUGGUGGGUGGCGCCAGCACCGACGUGGAGCAGGUCUUCCAUGAAGUGUCCAAGUACGAGAAGCAGAAUAUGCUGAAGAAACUGAUUGAUGAAAACGCCGGCAAACGUGUAUUGGUGUUCGUGGAGACGAAGCGUAACGCGGACUUCAUAGCCGCCAUGCUCUCCGAGCAACAGAACCUCACGUCGUCCAUACACGGCGACCGCGAGCAGCGCGAACGUGAAGAGGCGCUACACAACUUCAAGACGGGCAGGCACUGCAUACUGGUGGCCACCGCGGUGGCUGCUAGAGGCUUAGAUAUAAAGAAUGUGGAUAUAGUAGUCAACUAUGAUUUGCCCAAGAGCAUAGACGAGUAUGUGCACAGAAUCGGCAGAACCGGCCGCGUCGGUAACAGGGGAAUGGCUGUCUCGUUCUUCGAUUCGCAAAUGGACGCAGCUUUGGUGGCGGACUUGGCGAAGAUACUGAAGCAGGCGGACCAGCCUAUACCCGACUUCUUGCAGCAUGGCGGCGGCACCUCCACAUACAAAAGCAACAAAUAUGGUGGCAGCGAUAUUAGAGAUUUUAAUAACGCCACCUCAGCGGCCGCGGAACAGGGACAGGAGCCUGAUGAAGAGUGGUGAAGAGCGAGAGAGAAUAAAGUGCGAGCGAGACAGAUGGUGCAACUGUUUGGUGCUUGUGACCGUGUGUGAUAUCGGAGGACGAACCUCAUACAAAACUAUUUUCUGACAAGUUUUUUACGUUUGGGAGUUAAACUAUUAGUUAUAUAUAUGUACUGUUUGAUAAUAAGAGUUUUUAAAGUUUGUUUUUGUUUGAAAUAAGAUUCUCUUCUUCCAUUUGAAAGCAUUGUGUAUCCCAGUGAACUAGUUAUACUAUUCUCCAUUUAAAAACACUGGAUUAAUUUUUAGAUUUGUGACAAAGUUUUAUGCAAUCAAUCAGUAUUUUCAAGUUUGAUUUCGUCACAAUGACUUGACCGAUGAUACAAAGCUUUUAUUAUCAAGUGGUACAUUCACGCUUGCACAAAGUUCAUAAUGUCUUCAUACAGUUGUACUUAACUAUAUCAAGUUUUCCAUUUGUAUAUUUUCUUUUAUUUUGUUUUAUUUUAUCAAAAUGUAAUUUUAGAGGCGAGCGAAUGAAGGGGCAACUAUGUAACGAUGUAGCUAUUGGAUAAGUUUGAAAAAGUCAACUAAAAAUAACGCAAAAAGUGCACAAAAUCGAGAAGAUUUAGAAGUGACACAAGUGCAUUGUUUAUUAGUAUUUCCUCGUCAAUUUGUUGCUUGACUCUAAAUGGUUUGACUGUUCCGUUAAUGUUCAAGAUUAUAUAUAAUCUGUGAUGUUUGUUGUAAACGUUGCUCACUUGAAAUUUUAACAUAGUUACACAUUAUAUAUGUAUAGUUCAAAGCUAUGUCGUUUUUUUGUUGUUUUUUUUUAGUCUGGGAACACAGGAAAUGUCACUAGGUUUAUUUGACAUAUUAUCAAACAAGUGUUUGAUAAAUCCUUUAGAUUAUAUUAUUUGUAGUACAAAUCUGCUUCCACAAACGUACAGUAUUAUCCAUACUCACUCGUGCUGGCUGCGAGACAUUUAAAUUAAAAAAAACUUGCUCAAAUAAAUUCCAUUUUCAAAUCAUAUGCUAACACAAGACACGCAGCAAUUAACUUGGCAACUACCUCAAUACAGUUUUCUUAGAACGAGGUGCCUUGUUAAUUUUUAAGUGUUAUACUAACAGUUCCUAGUGCAAGUUUCGCAUUUUUUUUACAAGUUAUACCAGUACAUGCAAAAACACUAAUCUUAACAUGACAACAAUCUAUUACAUUAUGUAAGGUACAUGUUUAACAAUAAUCUGUGAUGAUAAUUAAGUAGCAUAAGAAUUAUAAUUUAAGACACUUAUUACACCAAGGUGUUAGGAGUUAAAACAGUGUGAUUACAGAAUUGCUAAAGAUAUACAAAAUUGAAAAUUUGCUUAAAAUACGUAUAAAAAUAAUGUUAUAGAGAAAAGUUUGUAAAGCUUUUUUCAUCACAGUUUAAUGUGUCAACCAAAGAAUUCUUAGCCACAACAUUUUAUAAAAUAUCUAUGCUGAUAAAAUGUAACCUCUUUGUUUUGUUACAAAAGCACAGCUUUUUCUGAAAUCCAAUAGUACUAAAGUACUGGAAUGGUGUUUUAAAACCUACCCUCAAAAUACAUAAGUAAAAAAUACAACUUAUACGAGUUCAAAUGGUUGGCUACUCUGGUAAAUGGGCAAUCUAUUUUAGCAGCUAACUGCCUCGCCAGUCAGCCUAUAAGAAAGCAGGGUAUAUCAUAUAUGCUACCUACCAUAGAGAGAAUGAAAGAAAAAUAUAAAUGUACAAAAUAUGUGUAACUAUGUGUACUAGUUUUUGACGUAAGACAUUGUAGAUUUUAAGUUACUCGUUGUUCUAAAAUGAAGUAAGUUUUUUGUA